CCUGACUGCCGUUCCUAUCUGGGAUCUGCACCUCUAUUCUAUUCAAGUCCUUCUUUUCUUGACAAGCAUACUCGAUAGAGCAGUUACCAUCUCAAACUUGAGGCAACAACGAGAGCGUGGGGAAAUACGAGGACUUGGGUACCAUCGAACCAGACCUGCGAUCGAUCGCUGUCGUGAUAUCAGUUACGUUGCGAAACUUGGCGAGCAGAUCGAACCACGACGAGGCCACUCGAUUCCGUUUAGCAGCACACCCAAAUCGAUCGCCACCAUGUCAGCAAACGACACCACGAUACGGCGGCCUUUCCGCGAGUGUACCGAAGUCUCGGAGCUAUGCCCCGUCGAGAUGACAGUCUUGUCCUACUACCCCAACUUCGGCGCCAACAUCUUCUUCGCCAUCGCCUUUGGCUUGAUUGUGCUCGUGUCAGCAACCAUUGGAACAUGGAAGCGCACCUGGACGUUCAUGGCUUUUGUGACGGGCGGUUGUGUCCUCGAGACAGUUGGCUACGUCGGCCGCACCCUCCUGCACGAGAACCCCUGGAAUAAAGACGCCUUCCAGAUGCAAAUCUGCACCAUCAUCCUCGGUCCGACCUUCAUCUGCGCCGGAAUCUACCUGACCCUCAAACACGUCUCCGCCCACCUCAACCCGUCCCUCUCGCGUGUCCGUCCGCGUCUGUACCCGCUCAUCUUCCUCCCCGCCGACCUCACCUGCCUCAUCAUCCAAGCCAUCGGCGGCGGCCUGGCUGCCGCGGCGGGCCAGACGAACAAGAAGCUACUUGACGGGGGGAACCAGGCCAUUAUUGCGGGUAUCGUGCUGCAGGUUGUCGUUUUGAUGUUGUUUGGAAUUACCGGCGCGGAUUACUGGAUCCGUGUGAGGAAGUGGGCGCAUGGGGCCGAUGCAAGUACCGGCGAUGUCGCGCUGUACCAUGACAAGAGGUUCAGGUCCUUCAUCUAUGCUGUCGCGGUGGCGUAUGCUUGUGUUAUGACCCGUUGCAUCUACCGUGUUGCCGAGAUGGCUGGCGGAUGGGGCAACCAUAUCAUGCAGGACGAGGCCUCCUUCAUGGUUCUCGACAGUGGCCUAGUCUUGAUCUGUGUGACGAUGCUGACGGCAUUCCAUCCCGGUCUCUUCUUCCCGCAGAUGGCCAACGCCCGCAAGGCAUCGAUCGGAGAGAAGUCGGGGGCAACAACGGCAUCAACACCGGAGAAUACCAAGAUCGAGUCCGGGCGCGAGUCCGCAUGAGGAGUCGAAAGAAGGGUGUUAGAAGAAAGAAGAUGAUAUUAGACGGAUAAAGGAGGGAUUAUGA